AUGGAUAACCAGACCUUCUCACACACCUCUGAAUGUGAACUCGAGGUGCACUGCUCACCGUUUGGAUUGUCAGGGGUUUUCUUAAAGAUCCAAGGCUCUGACGCCAUUGGCAUUGGAUCCACUAUGGGGAGAUUAACUGGCUUCACGACGGGAAAGCUGCACUAUAACUCCAGUGAUGAUCUUAUAGGUACGAAAUACAAACUGUAUGGUCUUGUUGAGGAUGACGACACGCUUCGAAUUGACUUCAUAAAGAUCUUCACCCACAAACCUGCUGAUUGGAUAAACAAUAGUGGAUCAGAAGGCGAGGGGAACACGAGCGAGAAUGGGAGUGGGUACCCUGAAAAGGAGCAGCUGCCAUUUGAGCAACCUGGUGACGAAGGCUAUGAGCUACCUGACUUGGUCUUCAGAGGGAAGGUACCUGCUGGCAGACCUGACGUUGUUGAGCCGUUCAUUGGGAUAUUCACAUUCGAGAAACCUCAAGUUCAGGUAUAG